AUGGCGGCUGCAGCUGCAGCUGCUGCGCGAGCCGUGCCGGUGGGCUCAGGAUUCCGGGGCCUGCGGAGGACUCUGCCUCUGGUCGUGAUUCUCGGGGCCACGGGCACUGGCAAGUCCACCCUGGCUCUGCAGCUAGGCCAGCGGCUCGGCGGCGAGAUCGUCAGCGCCGACUCCAUGCAGGUCUAUGAAGGGCUAGACAUCAUCACCAAUAAGGUUUCUGCCCAAGAGCAGAAGAUUUGCCAGCACCAUAUGAUCAGCUUUGUGGAUCCACUUGUGACCAGUUACACCGUGGUGGACUUCAGGAACAAAGCAACUGCAGUGAUUGAAGAUAUAUUUGCUCGAGACAAAAUACCUAUUGUUGUGGGAGGAACCAAUUAUUACAUUGAGUCCUUGCUCUGGAAAGUCCUUGUCAGCACCAAGCCCCAAGAGCUGGCCACUGAGAAGGUGGUUGACCGGAAAGCAGAGCUUGAAAAGGAGGAUGGCCACAUACUCUACAAACGCCUAAGCCAGGUGGACCCAGAAAUGGCCUCCAAGCUGCACCCACAUGACAAACGCAAAGUGGCCAGGAGCUUACAAGUGUUUGAAGAAACAGGAAUCUCACACAGUGAAUUUCUUCAUCGUCAACAUUCAGAGGAAGGUGGUGGUCCCCUUGGAGGCCCACUGAAGUUCCCUAACCCUUGCAUUCUUUGGCUUCAUGCUGACCAGACAGUUCUAGAUGAACGUUUGGAUAGGAGAGUCGAUGACAUGCUUGCUGCGGGGCUCUUGGAAGAACUAAGAGAUUUUCAUAGACGCUAUAAUCAGAAGAUUGUUUCAGAAAACAGCCAGGACUAUCAACAUGGUAUCUUCCAGUCAAUUGGCUUCAAGGAAUUUCAUGAGUACCUGAUCACUGAGGGAAAAUGUACGCCAGAGACUAGUACCCAGCUUCUAAAGAAAGGUGUUGAGGCUCUGAAACAAGUGACUAAGAGAUACGCCCGGAAGCAAAAUCGAUGGGUUAAGAACCGUUUUCUGAGCAGACCUGGGCCCAAUGUUCCCCCGGUAUAUGGCUUAGAGGUGUCUGAUGUCUCGAAGUGGGAGGAGUCUGUUCUUGAACCUGCUCUUGAUAUAGUGCAGAGUUUCAUCCAGGGCCACCAGCCUGCAGCCACUCCAAUAAGGAUGCCAUCCAAUGAAACAGAGAACAAAAGAAGCUACCAUAUGUGUGACCUCUGUGAUCGAAUCAUCAUUGGGGACCGGGAAUGGGCAGCGCAUAUAAAAUCGAAGUCGCACUUGCACCGACUGAAGAAGAGAAAACGACUAGACUCAGAAGCUGCCAGCACCUUCGAGAGUCAGAGCAAUUCCCCAGACUGUGUUGUGGAGCUUAAAGAGAAGGAAGCCCCAGGGCAGCAGGGGCAGGAGCUGAAGUCCAGCAUUUAAUAGCCAUGCCCAGUAGCCUUUGCACAGGAGGUGGGGAUCAGGUUCAGGAGGGAGAGUGGGUCUGUCUCCUACACCUGGCUGACGAGUGCUGAGCAGAAAGCCCUUCCAUCUUCAUUCUGUGGUGUGGUCUGAAGGUCUCGUGUUCUUUGCAGUGGAAACAGCAGGCCUUUCAGCUCCUUGUGUGGCUGUUGUCUGAUACAAGUCUGCUCAUGAUGUAGUCAGGGUGGGAAUUUUUUCUUUGAACCUUAAAGGUUCUAUUUUAGAAAGAAGCACAGAUCACACAUUUUAUACUUGGGGAUCUUUUUAGUGGUGAAUACCAGGAUUCAGUGCAACCCUUAAAAGAAGGUUUUUGUCCCAGACACUGGCUAAAAAUAUCUAAUUUCCAGAUGCUUUUGUAGAUGACUGGAGUAUUAUGAGCCACAGUCAGGAGUUGUGGACUUGUGAGGAGAGCAGAAAAGGAGCAGCCUCAGUGAGAUGAUUAAAUGAGCCUGGCCAGUUCUUUGAUUUCCACAAAAGGAAAAGGAAUCAGGCUGAGGUGGUUGUGACCUAAGUCUUAGACUAAAGACAACCCAAAUCUGGAACUGCUCUUCUGUGAUAACUGCUGUCUUUCUAGUGAGGUAAAAAUGUAUAUUUUUGCAUUUGGGAGGCAGGGGUAGGAGGAUCACUUGAGAGUUCGAGGCCACUCUGAGACUGUACAUAGUAAAUUCCAGGUCAACCUGGCCUAGAGCGAGACUCUACCUUUAACAACCAAAAGAAAAAAGUAUAUUUUUUUUGAAAAGUUAAAUAAAUAAAAAGCUUGCAAGAGUCUCCUUGAUCCUUUAAAAGAUAUAAAUGUAUAUAUCUACAUAUAUACAGAAUGCUAUUAUUGACUUAACAGCUUUUAUCAGCCUUGACAUUCUUUUUUUUAAAAAAAAUAUUUUAUUUGUAAGCAGAGAAAGAAAAAGAGAAUAGGUAUGCCAGGGCCUCUGUCCUCUGCAAACAAACUACAGGUGUAUAUGCCACU